ACGCCGGUGACGGGUAAAAAGUAAAAGUACCGGUAGCUUUGAUGACCACCGUGAUGGAGUUGGUUGGCGAUUCCGGCGAGGCGGAAUGAGACGGAUCGAUCAAAGCGUAAGGAGGCGGCCGCUGCCUCCUCUGUUUUCUUUCCACAGUAAUAUUUUCCACUGUUUCUCGUGGGAACGAUUACGUAUCGAUAGCAAUGCAUUGCAAAUGCAAACAAUCGAUAAAAGCCGUUCUGCUUUCGUUAUAUUUCUUUGGAAGUAAUUGUCGCAUGCGGAAAAAUGCCAAGCUGAAAGUUCACAUUUUAACUGUAUUAUGGCCUACAAUCUGCCUGUUUAACGAUAAAAAAAGUCAAGUCAUCGUAGGCUAAUCCCAGGUAAAACGAUACUAAGUAAACUUGUCAUUUAAAAUGUUUGGAAGAAAAAGAGACUCAGAUGAGAGAAGAGCUUUAGACUUUAUAUAAGCGCCAUAGUAUACAUAAUACUACCAAUACUACCUAGUAAUCAUUAUACCCCCAAGCAACGAAACUUAGCGGAUAAGGAAUACUAAUUCCACGCAAAAAAUCACCGCAACUUCCUUUCGAAAGUUACCAAACAAAGAAAGGGGCCGUCUUGAACGCCCAGCAGAAAGUUUUUGUUUGAUGCAAACGCAGCGCGAAUGACUAUCAUGGCUUCUGUCUAACCUUCACGAAUUGGCUUUCAAACCCGAUAGGAUGUGCAAGUCGGCUCAAAGAAAUGGACUGUUGUUAGUUUCCUUGUUGUUUUCUAUCCCAAUUUUAGCCGCAAGUGAACAUCGGAAUCACGGAUCAGACUAUCAAAUUACCGGCUUAAUAAAAUUCCUGCUCAACAUUCCGUACAGACCGUGGCAAAAUCUGCAGGACAAAAAGCAAUUGAAUUCAAAGAAAUCGAUUGAAGACUACAGGGAAACAACAGACUUGUCUACACUAGCAGAACAGAAGAGGUCAAACAACUUUGAAUUACCAAGCAGAACUAUUGAAAGCUCAAUAGUUAAAAAUGAAAAUUUACACGUAACACAUUUAUCAUCCUUUGUACGGAAGAACGGACAAGAAAACGGUUGCGCAUGCACACCAGAAUUAGUUUGGGGUUGUAAUUGUGUGAUUACUUGUUCGGCAGUGGGAGUUCAAUGUGGACAAACUUGUACUCACGUUACCGUUUACACCGCUGAGUAUUUAAAAGGACCUGCAUAUGAACCUCCAUCUUUGUCAACAAGUGUAACAAUUUACAACAAAAAUUGCAACGGCAAUUGCUUGACGAAAAAUACGACCACCGAUGUGACCACGGAUAACGCUAUCUAUGUGACCAUCAACGUGACCAGCGAAGUAACUGUGACAGUCAAUGUGCCCAGCGAUGUGACAGUCAAUGUGCCCAGCGAUGUGACAGUCAAUGUGCCCAGCAAUGUGCCCAGCGAUGUGACAGUCAAUGUGCCCAGCGAUGUGACAGUCAAUGUGCCCAGCGAUGUGACCAGCGAUGUGAACAACGACAGCAAUUAUGUGAGCAAUUAUGUACCUCUUGUAGCUGCAGUAGUAGGUGGUAUGGUAGCAAUAGCUCUAGCUGUUGCAAUUCCGCUAGGAAUUAAUCCACCGCCGGUUGAAAGUAAUCCACCCGAACCGAUCGCCGACUUUUCGGUUAUCGAAGAUAAAACGGAUAAGAUUCCUUUCAACAGACAGCCAUUUUUUGAAAACUUUGAAGACUUUCCUCCGGACGGAUGUGGAAAUAAUUUCGGGCGGAUGGAAAUUGGGAAUUCGAAUAGGAAUUUGGAUCGGAAUAGACCCAGUGAAGGAAAUUGCCAGCCGCUUAUGAGAAGAGGAAAUUGCCGCAGUCCACAAGAUUGGGUCACCGUAAAUCCCACUACAUUGAAGGGAAGUUGCACUCCACGUCUUUGCGGUCGAGGACGAGUGUUCGUCGGUCGUGAUGGACUUUGUCACGAUAUUUACGAUCCAGGCGAGUGCCAAGGUGGCCGGCGACUUUAUUAUUCUCCUUUUGGAGAUCCCAUCUGCGAUUGUCCAAUCGGAGAAUAUCCUUUUCCGAACGCCGAAAACAAUUGCGUUGCACUUUUCACCCGAGGACCCUGCAGAGAUGGGAGUAUAGUGGGCAUUAGUUCACAGAGUCAAUUGGAGUGCAUGCCAUCCAAAUGUCAAUCAACCAACGUUGGAGAUAAACCUCUACAGUUACUGCCAGCCGAGGAUGGACAAUGCUACGCUCUAGGAACACAGGGUCCCUGUUCACCUCCCUCUUUGUUGGGUUAUGACAUCUUCAAACGCCAAAUGGAGUGUGUCAAUGUUCAAAAUGAUACCUCGCCCUAUUUCACUUCUCCUGAAGAAGAGGCACUGGUCGAUAGCAUCUACAACCAGCGCUCUCCGGACUUUGACGACUUCCGAAUUUCAAUGGUCUUUAAAAGUCCAGUAGGAACCAACGACAUCGGCCAGCGUAGACAAGGUGCUACCACUGGUGGAAUAUUUCAAUUCCCUAGCUUUUCACCGGAAGCACUAUUAAAUCCUUGUCGACCUGGAGCUCGGCGGGAGAUGAAUUAUAAAUGCACGAGUCCAUUAGUACCCAAGUCGAGAACAAAGAGGGAAACGUUGCAAGCUGUUCGGCCGGCAUUUCAGUGUACGCCAGAUAAAAAUUUGCAAGCAACGGGCAGGUGCGUGACCGAUAAUCGCAGCACGAAUUGUGGACCAUCUUUUCGGUUCAACCCUGCUACUGGACAAUGCCGAAGUAUAUUCUAACGUAAGCGGAAUGCGGCUAGCCUCUAUCCAAACAGAUGUGAUUCAAACGCUGAGAGAAGAUAAGAAUUCUUGGCAGACAGAUUCUUGAAUUAAAAUUUAAAAUAAAAAAAAAAUUAAUUCCUUGAUCGACCUUAACAUCUAAGUUUUACCUUGCUUCUCAAUGACCGACGAUGAUGAU